CGUGCGUCCCAUCCGUGCAGGCAGGACAACUCCAUCCCCCAUCUCAGUGACACACGAAUGCACAAAACGGCACGCACACACAGACACGUCGGUGGUGUGAUUGACCGACCAGUCAGCUGACACCUGCAGCCCCACACCACCCACACCAACAGAGGCAUGCAUAUACAUUUGAAGGCACCAACGCGGUGUGUAUUACGCAUACAACGAGCUUGAGAGCUAUGUGUGGAAAGGCCGACAUACAGAUGUGGUGCCAUAUAUUGGCAGCCAGUCAUGAUAGGCAUCUCACUAGCUGUAGCUGGCUAUAUGCUAUAUACACACACACACACACACACACACGCAGCCCCUCCCUCCCUCCCGCCCAGCCGUGCACACAAAGCGACACGCUCAGACACGCUCGACAUGUCUCAGACCAACAGGCGACAGACAGACAGACAGACAGACAGAGAUCAACAAAGAAACACACACAUCCACACACACGUGUACACGCAUAUAUACGCAGGGAAUUCUGUCUGGCAAUCAAUGGGUAUACAUGCACACGUGUAUGCUAUGUUACGUAAGUACAGAUAUCUAUCGAGCGAUGUCGAUCGAUCGGUCGACCCAUUCAUUCCUUCAUUUCAUUAGGCUGCGUAUCCAGUGGAUGGCUGGUGGGGUGGGUGAACAAUAUACCACAUGGAUGGAUGGAUGGAUGGAUGCGAUGGACGGAUGACACACACAUGACAUGUACACAUGUAGCUAUACACAUACAAAUGUACCCACACAGAGACACCACACACCACAACGCAGCACAACACAACAACACAAUAGCAGACAGAGAGUGCAGACGUACCAUACACAACAAAAUACCCUCCCCGCCUCCCCAUCUCCCGGCUGACUGCGGCUUGCCUCCUCACUGACAUCAAUCCACCCACCUCCCAUCCGUCUGGAAAACCUAUUUGCUCGCUCAAUGGAAUAGACAAAAAAACAUAGAUGAAGCACGCGAGGCAGCAGCCCGAUGGCCUUAACCCACCGUCUGUGUGCCCUUUCUGCUCAGCUCCCUCUCAGUUAAAUGCAACGAGUGCACCUUACAGGCAGCCAGGCAGGCAGACAGGCAUGAAGCCGGGAGGGCGAGAGCACGUCGGAUGCAUGAGGAACCCGAUCCAUGCGAUGAUGCAGGUGGACAGAUGACAAAUCAAUCAACUGACUGCCCGCCUCUGACACACGCACGCACUAGUGGUCCAACACGAACGCACACUUCCUCUCUCUUUUCCCCGCUCACACACACUCAUCCAGCCACACACACACACAUGGGACGAAACACCGUGCGGGAAACACCUACCUACCAUGUUCCACUCAGCACUCACACAUGGCGGGCCGGCAGCGCUGUGUCGGUCAAAGCGGCUCAGCCAGUAAGUCGUUCUCGUGCGUCAGGAAACGAAGCGUCGCCUCCAGCCCUUCCUCGAAAUACAGCUGGAAGCCGUGCCAAGCACUGACACACACACAGGCAGAACAACAGAGAGGGAGGGAGGUGAGAGCUGCUAUCGUGUGGCGUGGCGUGCUCAUGUGCUCACUCUGGCACGACGAGCAGCUGGACGGCCUCCUCCUGACUCUUGAUGAAGCCCUGGAUGGCCUGGGAGGCGAGCAGCCCGUCCUCACCAGCCAACACUACCUGCACACACCACACGGACACAGACACACACACACGCACACACGCAUGACACGCAGACGGAGCGAGUGCGUGGAUGUGAUGUGUCGGACGGACCAUGAGGUUCUCUUUCAGGCGGAAGAGGUCGCCCCUAUCGAUGUACUCGCACCCUGCACACACACACACACACACACACACCGAGGGGAUGGGUAUGCUGUCUGUCUUGUCUGAUCUGCAUAUAUCACGCUCGCCUCCCUCCCUCCCUCCGUCCCUCCCUCCGUCACCUUGGAGCUGCCUGCCCGCCGUCCAGAUGGUCCCGAACUCCUUGUAAGCGACCAGCCACAUCAUCCACAGCUGAAACCUGAAUACACAAAUGAUGAACAACAACAUCCACCAACACACAACACACCGAGGACUACCACCCAAACCACACCGGCCACUUCUCCUAUCAAUGCCAUUUCAAAUGUUGUCCCCGCCUCUCACCUUUCCCCGAAGAGCGUAUUCGCCUUCUCCCCCAUGGCCCUCAGCCGCUUCCAUGCUCUCCGCUGACACCUGCGGCUCACGCCCAUCUCCGCGUUGAGCCCAUCCGCCACAAGCCCGCACAAGUUGGGCGUGCUGGCAUUGUGCUCGGAGGCGAUCGUGUGUCUGCGGUUGCUGCGCUGGCGCAGCCCGGCAGGGUCGGGCGGCUGGAGGUGUGUGCUCUGGGGCGAGGAUGUGACGGACGAGUGGUAGGGUGAGGUGUCGCUGUCGUAUCCGCAGGAGGCGUCGGUCGACAUGGCGUCAGCAUCGACGAGGUGGCGCUUGAUGGGCUGGAUGCAGGGGAGGGAGCGGGCGGGGAGGAUGGCAGGCGGUAGUGGCACCUCGCUGUGCACCUGUAGUGGGGUCAGCUGCAUCAGCUGGGCCUGCAAGAAACAAGACAACAAUCAACAAGGCAGCCAGAAAGAGACCACGCUGAUGUGUCCCAUACCUUCUUGGGUAGCUGGGGGAUGAAGCAGAUGGGAUCGAAUAAGAGGGCCCUCCUGAUGAGCCCCGGGAACCGCCGAUGCAGCAGCGACACGACCCCUGUCCCAUACGACUGGCAGAAGACAUCCACCUGCGUGUCGAUCUCCACCUGGGCGUCCUUGCCGUGCCGCUGUGCCCACGCCGUAUCCAUUCGGAUGACGGCCUCGCUGCUGAGGAGCUUCUCAUACUCGAGGAAUGCCACCAUCUCCUCGACGGACUGCAUCAUGGUGGGGCAGCGGGCGAGGUCG